UUGACAGAUAAGACGUACACAGUGAAUGGAAUUGCGUAAACUGCAAAAGCGCGAAACCAUAUGAGUGGUCUAAUUAUCAAAAAGUGAAAGGAGCAUUGAAUACAUUUAAUAAUACAUUCUUAGACAAAUUGAUUUUAUUUUAUGAUGAAGGGAAUUUUAAUAUUUGACAAUCUCAAUGACGUGUUAUUUACUAAAUGUGAUAAGAAAUUUGCAUUUCAUAUACAAAAAUUAGCUAGGGCACAAGGAUUAAUAACUGAGAAUAAGAAUGCAGACGACAUGGAUCCAAGACCGUGUCCAAAUAUCAUUAUGCAACUUUUUUCACCUAUCGUUACUUCGCAAUACGCCAUGGCUUCUCAAUUUGGUAAUUCUUAUACGUCUAUGAAAUGCCAAGAUGGUACAAAUAUGGUAUUCGAUGAAUACAUGGGAUAUACAUUUAUUUAUGUUGGCGUAGAAGACAUUGAAUUAAUGAAAAGAACUUUAGGUGUAUGUGUUUCAAUAGUUCGACAUGUCUGUGGACCUGAUGUUACCAUAUUAAAGUCAAGUAGACAAAAGGUCUGUUUGGUGUCAUCUUUAUUAGAUGCAUGGAUAGAAUUACGUGGCUCUGAACAAAGUAUAUUAACAGAAGCUGUAGAACAGUUAUCUGUUAAUGCAGAUUUAGCAUCGGUUAUUUUAAAAGUUCUUAACGAUGCUUGUGAUAAAUUAAAAACACAGUCAGAAUUUUCAAAUAUACAUGUUCUGUUACUCGUAAAACAAAAAUUUUUAUCACUAUACUCUAGUAAAAAUGCGCACGACUUGUGCGCAUCUGAUAUUUUAUUAAUGAUUUUAUUGUGUUGGGUUAUUAAUCAUAAAAAACAAACUGAUAAUGAAAUUGAUCAAAGUGGAGAGGAUGACGGUGAUAUUCUAUUACCACAUAAUAGUUCUUCCAGAGAAGAAGAAUCAAUACCAUUUGGUGCUAAGCUAUCAAAUCCGACUUUAGAAGAUAUUACUAAUUUAUUUAGAGGAUCAAGAGAAUCUUCUCUAAGCGAAGAUCUUUAUUCUUUAGCACAUGAUGGUUUAUACAGUCAAAUAAUUCUUCUUGGAUCUGAACACGAUUAUACUGCAAAUGCUGUCCACGUCUUUGAAAUAGAUGAUGGUAUUUAUCUUGUAACUAUAAUAGAAGUUACCAAUCUUGCCACAUCGUCCGGAUUAUAUGACACAUUCCAUUAUUUAAAUAUUAUAAAUGGUCUACAACUUCAAAGAGACCUCGAUGAAUUAAGACCGGCAUUUGAUAAUCUUGACAUGUCCAUAAAAAAAAGUUUAGAUGGAAUUAAGAAAAAUCGAGCCAAUGUUAAUAACGAUGUUGAUAUGUGCCAAAGAAGAUUGCAAGUUAAAUGGGAAUUUGUGAAAAAGAAAUAUAUGGAACUUUUAAAAUCUAGAGAUCCAGAAUCUAUUCUUCAAAUUGAAUCCAAUACAUCUGGCUUUACGGAUACUAUUAAAGAAUUAUUUCGCUUAACAUGUUUCGAUAGAAAUUUUUUAAAACAAGGUAUUGAUGUACUGACAACGGUAGGCCGUUUAGUGCGACAAAAACUAAACGAUUUCAGUGAUUUUCUUAAAGUAAAGGCAUUGAAGAACUUCACUCUUGGAUCGAGAACUUCCCUAACCAUCAACAAAUAUUUAGAAGAAUUUCCAGGCUUGGUGCAUUUCAUUUACAUUGACAGAACAACCCACAGGUUAACAGCACCAACACUAGAUUUCACCAAUUCUGAAACUCUUGCUCUUACUACGAAAAAGAUUUGGAAUAUGGUGAAGCAAAGUAGAAUGCAUUUGCAAGAAGGACAUUUAUCAGUUAUGUGGAAAGAUACGACAUUUAAUUACGCUUAUUUUUUAUGGUUCGAAGACAAUUCGGGAUCUCCACUUAAAUCAAAAGUUUAUUUGAAUCAUUUGAUGAAAAAUUUUCCAGUACCUGGUAUACUUUGCGAGGACUACUACAGGAAAUUGGCUGAAGCGUGUUUUCCUAAACUUUCACCAAAUAAAAUUAGGAUCUAUGAAUUAUACUGUGUACAUUUAGGAUUAGCUACUUCGUCUUGUGUUUUGGAACACUCCAGAAGACUUGCAGCUACUAUAUGGGAAGUUACAGGUAUACCAAACAAUCCUGCUGAUAUUCUGUAAUAAUUUGCCAUAAAUCUUUUGAUAUAUAUAUAUAUAUAUAUUGGAACAGUUAUUUAUGUCUAUGCAGUGAAAGUGUAAAAUAAAAAAAAAAA